AUGAAACUCACAGCCCUCUGUCUAGCGGCAUCAGUAUCCUUAGCGAUCGCUGAAGAGUUCACCUUGAGUGCGAGGCCAGUAAGUUCAGAUCAAAGCUUUCAACUGGGGGUCUUUGACUACGAAAUAGAACCACUCAGCGUAUCCCAGGUGAGCCCAGCAAAGGGGGAACUACCAUCAGAUACGGCUUACUGCGUGGAUGCGACUUUUAAUCAGAGCGGUACAACGAUUCCUUGUUUCUCGUACCUAGAGUUACAAUAUCCAUUUCAGUAUAGCCUUAUCGUUGAUUUACAUGAUGAAGAGAUUAGCAAACUCUCUCUUGUGUACAAUUCUGGAGUUGAAGGUAUCGUCCCUACCAUCAGGCGUCCAGUGAAUGGACCAGAAGCGCCUCCAUUCAAGUUGAAGAAGGUUACGAAAACUUAUAAGGACAAGAAGGCUGCAAAGGAUGCUGCUACUGCCCAGUUUAAAGACGAAGAGGACGUUGAUGACAGAUCAUGGAUGCAGAAAAACUGGAAAAUGCUUUUGAUCGGGCUUGUAGUAUACAAUGUUAUUGCAUUUGGUAGCAGGCAGCAGCAAAGACAACAAGCAGAUUGA